AAUCUGUCACAUGGUGUGAAGUCUCCAUCUCAGAUGUUCUAAAUAAAAAUGUACAGUAAAUAGUUCACAGGCAUAAAAAUGUGUGGAGAUGUCAGUGGCCAAAAGACGGAGAGGGGGGGAGAGCGAGGCAAUGAUGAUGUGUGUGAGAAAGAGAGAGAGAGAGAGAGAGAGCGCCCGUGCUGUGCUUGCGUGCAUGUAUGUGAUGUGGGAGUGACUACAGGAGCUACAGGUUCAGUAUAACCUCAGUGGAACCCUGCAGGAGUGUCCCUGUGCCUCUCUGCUCCUGUCUGUCCAUGCGGUGGGGAAUGAAGCCAGUGGUGGACGUUAAAUAAGAGAGGAGCUGCACUGACAGUCUGUCAUCACAUCACCAACAUCCUGGUAACUCCUGGAAAAUACAGUAUGUAGAAAAGUUCAAGCUGUGAGGUUGUUUAUUUGAGCUCUACUAAUCUGUCCUCCUCCAACUUCAGUCUUCUCUGCAGACCGUAUGAGGACUUGCUGCGAUGAUGGCCAAAGCUGCGCUGCUGCUCUGUUGUUGCCUGGUCAUGUCUGUAUCAGGCUCCCCGCUCUACCCGUCCAUUAGGUUCGGCCAGAGGGACACGUCCAUUCUGAUGACAUCUUCUAUUCAUAACCCAGCAGAGAAGCUGAGGGACGAUAUGAGUCUUGCCAGGCAACAGGCUGCAUUACGCUCUGGACGUCACGCCGAUGCCAUCUUUACAAACAGUUACAGGAAAGUCCUGGGUCAGAUCUCAGCCAGGAAGUUCCUGCAGACCAUCAUGGGCAAACGUCUAGGUGAGGAGACGCAGGGCUACAUAAAGCGCCAGUCUGACAUCUACAAAGGCACCUGUAAAGAAGAUCUGACCUCCAUCCAGAGCAACCGCAGGGUCAAAGGUGUCCCGGGGAGGAGCAUGAUUGGACCCAGGCUGCUGAGCUGAGGUUGAAUUACUCCUGCUCUGAGACUGUGUUUCCAGCUGACUCCAAGCUGUUCUUCAUUCAUUGUCACAUUUACAGUGAGGACAUGGUUGCAUUAAUGUUGAUCAUUAAAAGCAGUCGAGAAAACCACACCCAGUUUCUGAUGUACUCUUUCAUUUAUUACAUACGGGAUAUAAAAUAUCAGGUGGCCCAAACUUUGGCCUGGGGAACAACUGUAGCAGUUGAACAGUUUUUAAUGUGAGCUGCUAUUUAAUAAAACAUUUUUUUGAAAAACAAAAUUUUUUUUUCACUGUUUUAACAUGACUCUUUAGCCUUAAAACUUGGGUUAAUCCGUUGGUUUAUUUGUAGUGCAUUUGUUCUCAUGUUAAUGUGACCUUGGGUAAGUGGUUCUCAAAGGGGCUCCAGACGCUUUUGUAGAGUGGGCGUUCUGUAGGAAUUAGUUUUAUAAAUGUACCUUUUAAAAACUCAAGAUAUGCAAACUCAGUAGCUUUCAACAUUUAACACACAUAAAUGAGUUUUGUUUUUUUUUAAAAGUCAUCCUGGUUGCAGACUGCAGACAAAGACCAUCUAUGUUUAGUUAGCCUUCUUUGUUAGCUUUAAUUAUACUUUUUUUAAAUUAUUAUUAUUUCGACUAUAUUUUAGCUGUCCUUGUCUAACUUUGUGCUUUUAGCUAGUUAUCUUCUUGGUGAGUGUAUUGAGUUUGUACAGAACAACAACACAGAAACACGUCUCCCCUCAUUUUCUUUAUUUCCUCCACUUUGUUACAAAAACAUCACAUCCACAAAACCAUUUGACUUAAUUUUAAUGAUUCAUUCUGGUGGGAGGAGUAAACUUAAAUGUAUCAAAGGGGACACAAUCGUUGGACGUACACAAGUCAGUGCUGCUGCCAAUGACUUUUCAGCUCAGUAAAAUCAAUGAGGAAUGUAGAAAAAAAAGAAAAACAAACUCCGUCAGGAAAAAC